AUGGAGUCUUCGCCUCCAAGGAGCAGCAGCCUGGCUGCUCCUGUGGCAGGUGUGAAGCGUCCCGCGGCCCUGUUGCCUGCUUUUGAGCCAUUGAGCUCGUCUCCCUCACUGCCUCGUCCACAGAAGCGUGUAGCACGCGACAAUCAUGGGAUUGUCUCGACCUAUCCUACCCCCGUGCCGACCUCGUCGACUCAUAUCAUGUCCUCGUCCCCCCCUCGAAUGGCCCUGCCCCGGACGGUUUCCCGGCGUACGUUUACCUCAUCCAGCUCCGAACGAACCCCUCUGUCCGCCGUUCCCACUAUCAUGCUCUCGGAGAGCGGGGAGCCCAUCUUGAUGGGAAGAUCUAGUGCCUCGUGUCAUCACCAGCUGGCCGCCAACCGGAUGAUAUCACGCGUGCACGUCAAGGCCACCUAUAAGCCAGCACCUAAUCCCUUCGACCCCGAUAGAGUGGAGAUCAUGUGCAUGGGAUGGAAUGGGAUCAAAUUGCACUGUCAGGGGAAAACAUAUGACUUGGCCAAGGGGAAGACCUUUACCUCGGAUAUCAAGGAUGCUGACAUCAUGAUUGAUGUCCAUGACGCCCGGGUGCUGGUCCAAUGGCCUCAACAUGACCGGAAGGAUUAUGCAUCGACCGACUCGGAACAAACCUGGGAGGAGUCUACCCCCAAACGUGCCGCACAGUCCCGUCAGAGUCUCCACGAGAGCCCCAAUGUUGAACGGCAGCGCCUGGCGUCCCCGGUCUCGCCGUCGCCGGCAGCGAAGUCGUUGGUGCCCCCAUCUUCACCCUUAUAUACCCCGACACGCUCGCGCAAUGCAGUGGUUGUCUACGAAGAUGAGGCUUCUCCUGUUCGUCGCAACAAUGAAGAUCCUUUGGUCCAAGUCACGCGGAAGUCUUCCAUCGUUGAGGAUUUAUUCCAGAGCUCACAGUCCAGUGACUUGAGUGACCUGAGUAAACAAGAUGAAUUCUCUGACCAUGACGAGGAAAAUGACCCGAUCAUCCAUUCCUUUGGCCCUUUUGGUGACAAUAUCCUUCCUCGCAUGGCCUCCUUUACGGCGGAUGAAUCCCCUCUCCGGCCUGCACGUCCCCGCAACCAGGCUUCCGCCCAGCCUCUCCAGCCCGCCAAGAGACAACCGUCCAAGGCGAGCGAGUCCGUGGAGAGCUUGACAACCAAGCUGGAGCCCCUUGACGAGAGCUUUGAACGCGUUCAGAACCAUGCGGUCAACCAAUUGGCCUUUUCACGUCUCUCGUCGACGCCAUUUUCGACCAUUCUGAACAACCUUCCCCCCACCUUGUGGAAGCGGGAUAGCCACCACCGAGAGGGCCCUUCCAAAGAUGAGAUCCGCGCCAUCCUAGAUACCACCAAGUGCAUUGGCAAGGUGGCCCGGGAAGGCAAAGACGCAGCGGGAAAGCCUUUGGAAAGCGAAUACUAUUACAUUCCUGACUACGAUGAGGAUGACAUGCGACGGGAGGCAGUCGUGCAUGAUCUUCGUAAGCCAGGGCUCCGUAACUGCCGCAAGCAGCAUAAGGUACGCGAUCUCCGUCUUCUCAAUGAGAGGGUGUGGGCCGGCGAGAGUGAUGUCUUCCCGACCAGCAAAUCUCUCGAUUCAGCCCUGAAGAAAAACACCGCUUUCAUCAAGCGUCUCCGCACCGGAAUCAACGCCGCGGCCCAACAAACCUUCCUGACCGAUAUCCGCACGCUCUCGCUACACAAAUACCUAUCGGAAAUCAUCUCCGCCUGCUACGAAGGGCUCUGCAAACUCAAGUCGCCCGGGGAAAUCGCCACAGGGGUGGAGAUUACCAGUGCGCUGCAUCAGCGAUUCGGUCCUGGGGAAUUCACCCGUCAGAUUGGAUGGUUGCUGGGGCGGGGUCUGAGUACGCCGGAUAAGGGACAGUUGAAGGCGCUUAGUCAGGAGGUGCGCGAGCGUGAGGAGAAGGAACGGUUGUCGCGGCAUCGGGUGUUGUUGCGGGUUGUGACGGAGCUGUGGCUGGUGGGGGUGCUGAAGACGUUGGAUGAUAUUGAGAAACCGGAUGAUGUUGGGGCGAAGGGCAAGGAUGGUGUGGUUGGUAUUGGUGCCAAAGCGACCGAUGGGCCGGUGAAGAGGGUUCCUCCGGCAGCUGGGAAAGAUGGGGAUAGAGAUCCGGAACCGUUUCCUCUGGAAGUGUUGAAGGACCUUCUGGGACAUGAUCGCGAUCACUCCAAUCUGCCUCUUGCGGUUCUCUUCGUGAAGAGCUUUAGUUGGGAUGUGCUGGGGGUGAAGAUGGUUGAGGAGGGUAGGAAAACUGUGGAAGCUGAUGGCGCUACGACUAGUGCUUCGGAGACUGUUAACGGUGGCGGCGAGGGUGUGGACGAGACGGGCGACGCAGAGAAUGAUCCCCCGCUUACUUCGGAGAAGGUUCAGCUUCGGUUCAAGCAUAUCCUCAACCGGUAUCUGGAGGAUGUCAAGGCGCAUGUGGUUCGCGACCAGAGAGCGUUGGCCGCCCAGAGCCGUCGCAACGCCGAAGCCUACGUCAAAAGCGGCGAAAUCUUCGAAGACCGCCAGGCCAACUUCGAGAGACAGACCAAAUCGCUGGAGAGGCUGGUUGCCAAUACCCAGGUCUUGUGUGAGGUUCUGGGUGUGGAAAUGCCAGCUUUGGCGGAGAAGGAGGCUGCUGAUGCUGGCGCGGGCGGAGGUAUCGGCCUGGUGAAGGCGAGCGAGUACUUGCGUGGACAAGGCGAGGGCGCCGGCAUCUGGGAGGACGAAGAGGAGAGACGCUUUUACGAAAAUCUGGUCGACCUCAAGGGUAAAGUGCCCGCGGUGCUGCUGGAGGACGGCAAGAAGAAAAAGACCGAGACCGAUGAGGCAGGGAAGAGGAAAGAUGAAGGUGCUGAUGAGAAGCCAGAGCCGACUGGUCAAGCCCAACAAUCCGAGGAAAAGACAUCGGACGCCGAUGAUCAGUCUAUGGCUAUCGCCAGCAAGACCGUCGGAGCUCAGGUGGAUGCCCUUCUCGCAAAACUGCCCGAUCUGCAGACCAAGGAUCAGGUGGACCAGCUGGCACUAGACUUCUGCUUCCUCAACUCCAAGGCAUCGAGGAACAGGCUCAUCAAGGCGGUUUCGGAUGUUCCCAAAGGCCGUAUCGACCUUUUGCCACUGUACUCGCGUUUGGUUGCAACUCUGGGACAGUACAUGCCCGAUAUUCCUCAAGGUCUUACCACAUAUCUGGAUGAAGAGUUCCGGAGUCUUCAGCGUCGCAAGUCGAAGGAGUUCCUGGGUCAGGUCCGGAUGAGCAACGUCCGUUAUCUCGCCGAGCUGACCAAGUUCGGUGUGGUCCCGGAGCAUAUAAUCUUCCAUUGCUUCAAGGUUUCCUUGGACGACUUUUCUCGCAUGAACAUUGAAAUCAUUGGACAUCUCCUGGAGAACUGUGGACGCUAUCUGCUUCGGAAUCCUGAUACCGCUCCAAGAAUGGCCUCUUUCUUGGAGACUCUCGGACGGAAAAAGACCGUCCAGCAUCUGGGUCAGCAAGAACGGAUGAUCAUUGAGAAUGCGGUCUACUAUGUCGAUCCGCCACCGCGACCUGCCAUUCAGCAGAAGGAGCGCACGCCCAUGGAAUCCUACAUCCGGCGACUGGUCUAUCUGGACAUGAACAAGCGCAACUACACCAAGAUCCUCAAGUCUAUCCGAAAGCUUCACUGGGAGGAACAGGAUGUGGUCGACAUCUUGGAACGUGUCUUCAGCAAGCCAGUCAAGGUCAAGUACGGCAAUAUCCACCUUCUCGCCAUCCUCGUCAGCGCCCUGUACCGGUAUCACCAGGAUUUCGUCAUUGGAGUGGUGGACAACAUUUUGGAGCAGAUCACACUGGGUCUAGAGCAGAACGACUUCAAGUUCAACCAGAAGCGUGUCGCCGAAGUCAAGUACCUGGGAGAGCUCUACAACUACAAGAUGAUCGAUUCGCCGGUGAUCUUUGACACCUUGUAUCGCAUUGUUACGUUCGGUCAUGAAAAUGGCACGCCGAUGCCCGGAAAGAUCAAUCCGCUCGAUUUGCCGGACGACUUUUUUCGUGUCCGCCUGGUCUGCACCCUCCUUGACACCUGCGGUCACUGCUUUGAUCGGGGCUCUGCGAAGAAGAAGCUUGAUUUCUUUUUGACUUUCUUCCAGUACUACAUGCAUACCAAAGACCCCCUGCCCAUGGACAUUGAUUUCCUCGUCCAGGAUACCUUCUCGAUGACUCGUCCUCAAUGGAAGUUGGCAACGGAUCUGGCCGAGGCUACGCAGACCUUCAGUGACGCUGUGGCACAGAACUUCAAGACGCAAGAUUCCGAGAGACCUGCCGAGCCUGACGAGGACGAUGCCGAAAGCAGCUCGUCGGAUGAAGGUCUGGAGGAAGAUGCGAUCCCUGAAGCGGAAGAGGAUCAAGAGUCCAGCGAUGAGGAAGUGUCCGGUCCAAAUGAGCAGAAUGGCGAUAGUGAGUCUGAAGAAGAGAUCUUUGUGACUCGUCAAGAAGAGGAGCGCGACCCAGAGGCAGAAGCCGAGUUCGACCGCGAAUUCGAGAAGAUGAUGGCGGAGAGCAUGGAAUCUCGGAAAUUCGAACGCAAGGGCGUGUUUGACAUUCCUUUGCCGAUGAAGCGCUCUGGCCGUGAGGCUUUGCUUGAGAACGCGCCCUCGGAGGCACCUAAGCCCAUCGCCAAUACCAUGGCUUUCUCUCUAAUGACCAAGAAGGGCAACAAACAGCAGACUCGCACAAUCGACCUGCCCUCUGAUUCCACCUUCGCCGUGGCCAUGAGAAGUCAGCAGCAAGCCGACCGGGAGGAGCAGCAACGGAUCAAAAACUUGGUGCUCAACUACGAGAUGACCAAUGAAACCGAAACCAACACCGAGGCCGCCGAGAAACGCUCCCCCCAUCGGGACACCAGAAUGGACAAAUCCAGCGCGAACCGGACUGCCUUCCGAUCCCGCAAACUCCAACUAAGCGACGUGAACUGGUAG